UCUGGAUUCUUGGUGAUGCUUAUCCCUGAAGCCGGCCCGACAAGUGACCAAAUGUCCCCUCAAUGUGCACGCGGACACGGCAUUCCCCCAUCUCACACCCCUAAUUAGUCUCCAGCUUCUUUACACACUUCAAAGUAGAGAGCCAAUCAGAUCACUCGUUGCUCCGCUUGUUGAAGUAGGGGGCGUUCGCUGGAGGUGUUAAUUUGCCAAAAUUUGUCUUAUUUAUGGGAUAAUUUAGCUGCAUGCGCAACAUUGACAAAACUUUUUUUUACUCGUUUUGUACAAGUUUUAUCUAUUGAAUGUGCGAAAAGUUGGGUAGAUCCUAGAUGGAUAUCACGGGACCUCUGUCUGUUCGCGCGAACGCAUUCAGCAUCGCCUCCCUCAUGUCGGGACCUUUCUCUGACUCGGUCUUCAACUCGCUCGGAUAUCCCGGACCCUCGGGCCAAUACGGCGCUGAUUGUCUCGUGGAGUGGGGGAAUUGUGGGUAUCCCCCGGGUAUGAAGAGUAUGGAGGCCUGUCUUUUAAAUGCGGGGACCGGGAGACCGUUCUAUGAUUCUGCGAGGUACGAAUAUCAAGAUGUGAUAUCGAGAACUCACGGUGACAAUUCCGAAAACUGUGCCAAACAUUCCCAAGACUCGGACUUCUUAAAAGGUGAUCAGACGUGCAAAACAGGUGACUCUUGCUCGGAGAACUUACCUGACGAUAAAGGUGAGCUGUCCAAGAAACCCCUGCAUCCCAAACUUCUGAACGUGAGCGCGCACCUGGAGAUGAAGUCACUGUGGGACGAGUUUGAUGAGCUGGGGACGGAAAUGAUCGUCACCAAAGCCGGCAGGAGGAUGUUUCCGACGUUCCAGGUCCGUCUGUACGGUCUGGAUCACAUGGCGGACUACAUGGUGAUGAUGGACUUCGUCCCGUGUGACGACAAACGCUAUAGGUACUCCUUCCAUAGCUCCAGCUGGGUGGUGGCGGGCAAGGCCGACCCACACAUGCCCGGCAGAAUACACGUGCAUCCAGACUCACCCGCCAAAGGCUCGCAGUGGAUGAAGCAAGUGGUGUCGUUUGACAAAUUGAAACUCACAAAUAAUUUAAUGGACGACAACGGUCAUAUCAUCCUGAAUUCUAUGCACAAGUAUCAGCCUCGAUGUCAUGUUGUUUAUGUAAAUCCGAAAUCCGAAGACUGUUCCCUGACAGAAAACUUUAAGACGUACAUCUUCCCAGAGACGAAGUUCAUGGCGGUCACGGCGUAUCAGAACCAUCGGAUAACUCAGUUGAAAAUCGCCAGUAACCCGUUUGCCAAGGGUUUUCGAGACGUCGAUCCAAAUGAAUGUAUGGUGGACGUGAUCUCACAAUUAAACCCCUGUUCUCGACCUAGAAACCACAACAGACCCAGUUCCCUGGCGUACGUGAACGGGGGGUCAUCAAAACGCCGCACCUCCGAGGAAAAAGGAUCGGAAUCCGAGGACUCUUGUUUGUCUCCAAACAGCACCGCUUCCGGAAGUGGCGCGUCACCGCUGCGCCUUCCCACCAGACCGAACUACACCCAGGAUGGAUAUGCAUACACGCCUUACAGCCAUGAAACCUACAUGAUGGCUCCCAAAAGUCGAAUCUCCCCGUACACUCGGACCCUGGACUACCCCUCCUAUCACCACGCCCGGAUGAAGGAGUUUUACCAAGGCACGAACUCUUGUGGCUAUAAUUUCUGAAAGUGUAUGCAGUACCACAUGAUCAAUUGUCUCUCCCUUCGCUUGUUGACUGAAGUUUUGACUAUUUGUGAAUCAACCAUGACAUUUUUCUUUUGUAGAUUUUAUUUGUUAAUAAAUAUUUAUCUUGUUUUACCUUUCUUAA